UAAGGAAAUUUUGUAUAAUUUUUGAAAAAUUGUCAUAAAUUAGCAAGGAAUUUAUAAAAAUAUAAUAGAAAACAUAAAUAUGGCACAACCACCACCCAAAUUCACUGGCACUGGCCUAGAAGAGGUAAAUAUACCGGGUCAGGCGUAUUUAAGAGAGGCUCUUACCUCUUGCACAGAUCCCUUAAAGGCUAUAGAAAGUUUUCAGCUAGAAAAUGGUGUUUUAUUGCCCUCUUUGCGUCCCAUGUUGCCUUUGUUGGAUUUGCAUGGUGUACGUCGUCUUGAUUUUCAUACCUCUCUUAUGGAGGAAUUAAGGGAUAAACUUAUAGCUCAUAUCAACGAUUUGGGUCAGAAAGAUCCCCGAGAGCGUGAUAAGAAAUUGAAAGAACUUUUAGUGAAAAGUUUUCCCGUGGUACGUGUUAAGGCUUUGCGUCCCGUUGUAAUGGCCAUUUUGCGCAACACUCCUCAUAUAGACGAUAAGUAUUUGCGCAUAUUGGUAAGAGAUCGUGAGCUAUAUGCUGACACUGAUACUGAGGUGAAACGACAAAUAUGGCGUGAUAAUCAAUCACUGUUUGGUGAUGAAGUUUCACCCUUACUCUCGCAGUAUAUACGGGAAAAGGAGCAUAUUUUAUUUGAUCACACUAAUUUGAAUAAUCUCUUCUUUCAUCCGUCGCCCAAGGUAAGGCGUCAGGGUGAGGUGGUGCAAAAAUUGGCCAAUAUGAUUGGCACCAGUGUUAAGUUGUACGAUAUGGUAUUGCAAUUUUUACGUACUCUCUUCCUAAGAACACGCAAUGUUCACUAUUGCACCUUGAGGGCUGAACUACUAAUGGCUUUGCAUGAUUUGGAAGUGCAGGAGAUUAUUUCAGUCGAUCCUUGUCAUAAGUUUACCUGGUGUUUGGAUGCCUGUAUUAGAGAGAAAAAUGUUGAUAUUAAAAGAUCUAGAGAGUUGCAAGGUUUUUUGGAUAAUAUCAAACGUGGUCAGGAACAGGUUUUGGGUGAUCUCUCUAUGACUUUGUGUGACCCGUAUGCUAUUAACUUUCUAGCCACUUCGGCCAUAAAGAUACUACAGCAUUUGAUUAACAAUGAAAGUUUGCCGCGCGACAACACUAUUCUCAUUUUGUUGUUACGCAUGUUGGCUUUAGGUCUUAGUGCUUGGGUUAUGAUAGAUUCACAAGAUUUCAAGGAACCUAAGUUGGACUCACAAGUUGUAACGAAAUUUCUACCGGCUCUUAUGUCUUUGAUGGUGGAUGAUCAGUGUCGCAGUUUACAUUCCAAAUUACCACCCGAUGAACGUGAAUCGGCUCUGACAACUAUUGAACAUUCGGGUCCUGCUCCCGAUGCUGUAGAAGCCUAUAUACAGGAGAGUUCAGUGGCCAGUAUUUUAGCCAUGUAUUAUACUUUAAAUACGGCUCGUCAAAAGGAUCGUGUGGGGGUUUUACGGGUGUUGGCUAUAUUGUCAUCGUGUAAAGAUGAUCGCGCCUACGAAGAUCCUUUUCUACAUUCAUUGAUUGCUUUAUUGAUUCCCAUGGCCGAGGAAUUUACCACAGAAGAUUUUUGCACCACAUUAUUUGAUGAAUUUCUAUUCGCCGGCUUGACCAGAGACAAUGUAACAAGACAUAUGAUUAAAUUAUUGUGGUAUGUUCAUAACAAAUUGCCACCAGGUCGUUUGCAAUCCCUUAUGAAGGCCAUGCAACCUACAACGGGCCACAAUGAAACCGUACACAAACUCUAUGAAACAUUGCAAGAACGCAUAGGCACCUCACUGCAGGAAUGUCCAGUACCCGAGCCUACAGAAACCGAUUUUGAUUCACCUCUAAAAAGUGUACCUACACCUGGUCCUCAUUAUAUGCAAUAAAAUAAGAAGCUUUAAUGCUGUUUAUAAGAAAAUUAUGUUCAUAACUCCUCCGAUAUCAAAAACAAUAUACAACUUUCGUUUUCAUUAUUAAGUUUUAUUUAAAUUGUUUUUAUCUUUAAAUUACAUAAAUAUUACUUAAAUAUAUACAUAAAAAAAUAAUGAAUGAGAAAGUUAAAGCAAAAUAUAUAAUAAAACGUACAAUAUGAACGAAAACUUAUAAAGGGAAACAUAUUACACAAAUAAUGUUGCCUUAAUUUGGAAUCCAGCACAUUUAAAUCUUAUUACGUUGAAAAACUUGUGAGUUAAACCAUCAUUAUAAGUUAAUAAAUGUUUUUUUUUUU